AUGCAGCUCUACGUUCUCGCCACACUGGCUUUCAUGACCGCUCCCGCUCAAUCGGAGCUGGUCAUGCCAAAAAAGGCAGGACUUUCGGGUUACCCAGGCAUUCAAACCGAAGCUGGUUUUGCGUCCCUCGCUCCUUACAUCGGUUGGUACUCUGAUUACAAUCCCGAUACCCCCGAUUACACUGGGGUGCAAGGCGUUCCGAUGUUGUGGGGCGGCGAGGGCAGCUCUUGUAGUGAGACCUCAGCCCGCCUGAAGUCAUUCGAAAACGCUAUCGCAAAGAGCGCUCCAAAGCUCAUGUUCGGCUUCUACGAGCCCGACUGUAGCUGCCCGUUCAGCAGCUCAAUGACCGUGACUGCAGCUGUAAGCAGCUGGAAUAGCCACCUGGCUCCCCUGGCAACCAACGGCACCAUUCUCGGCUCUCCAAGCCUGUGUAAGCAGAAAGACGAAGACUUUCUAAUCCCUUUCAAAGCUCGGAUUACUCACGAUUGGGACGUCACAAGCAUCCACAUUAAUAAACUCGACCUGGCCGGGUUAAAAGCUGAUAUUGAGCACUAUCGAACUUAUGGAAAGCCUAUAUUCGUUAGCGAGUUCGCGUGUGUGGAUGAUCGAAGCGGCUUUACACCUUGCACGAACCAAGGACAAAUUAACGAUUUUAUCAGCCAAGCAGUUACAUACUUUGAAAGCCAGCCCGACAUUAUAGCAUACGGGCCUUCCAAUGGAGCAGGAUUAGGAUCCAUCUGGCCUCUUUUGAACUCUGCUGGAGAGCUGUCGCCAACAGGACACGCAUAUCUCAAGUCUAUUAACUAUCUUUAG